AUGGUUUUUACUUCCAUCCCAGCUUCUUAUUUUGAUGCAUCCAAUUGGCAGCAACAGCAACCAAAUAACCAACCCGGAGGCAGUGACUCCAACUCUCAGCAGCUGCUUCAACCACCACCGCCACCACUUCCGGUUGCAAUGCAGUCUCAUGGAGAGGGUUCAAUCAGGCCAGGAUCCAUGGCUGAUAGGGCAAGGAUGGCCAACAUGCCAAUGCCAGAGGUUGCACUCAAGUGUCCACGCUGCGAAUCCACCAACACCAAAUUUUGCUACUUCAACAACUACAGUCUCUCCCAGCCCCGCCACUUCUGCAAGACCUGCAGGAGGUACUGGACCAGAGGCGGCGCCUUAAGGAGUGUCCCCGUGGGCGGAGGCUGCAGGAGGAACAAGCGGAGCAAAGGUACCUGCGGCAGUGGCGGNAUGGUGAAAUAG